AUGGCGUCCGCACCAGUACCGGUAUUCUUCGAGCUCAGUUGGUCUAUCCUGUCAACCAUAUGCAUGGGAAAUGUUCUCCUCGGAUGUCUAGUAUGCGGUAUCACUAACUGGACGCUGCUGGCCGCUGUGCCUAUGUUUUCAUCAGCGGCUGGAGCUAUAGCAAACGGGUUGUGUUAUUAUGUCUACUAUCAACAACAUCCCCCAAUCUAUACCGCAAUAGCUUCGGUGUUUGCAGACAUCUUCUGGCUGCUACAAGAAGCCGGACUUUUGUUUUACAGUUACAUCAUUCUAAAGCGAGUUCUCCGUGGUUUGAGAUGGAGAGUGUUUGCUUCUCUCUUCUGGACGGGUAUUGCGGGUAUCGUCAUGGUACGAAUCGUCAUCAUCGCCUUCCGAGUUCGCUCUAUCCUCGCCGAAAACAACGACCUACUAACGACCAUAAACCACAUCCAUAUCGGCUACUUCGGUCUUAUCGCUCUGCUCGAAUGUCUCAGUGCCUACUUUCUCAUGGUUCUCUUCACUUCCGCCAAAGCCUCAUCGGCCGAAAUUGCACGCAGCGGUGGUCUUUUCCAAUAUUUGGCGAGGAGCACGGAAAUGAGAGUCGCACUUCUAGCCCUACAGGGUGUACUUCGUGCUGUCACACAUUCAUUCAAGACUGCUGGCCAGACAGCUGAGAAUAUCGCCACACAACUCGAUCGCUUUUUCUAUGCUAUCUUUUGCCUCUAUUCUAUGGUCUUGUACAUUGAUCUCCUGUCCUCCAAACUCAAGUUCAGCGCUGGUAGUCAAGAUUACCCAUCAUCUCGAGAUCGUUAUCACCAGAAUAGCCAUCAAAACCACUUCACUCCAUCUCAGAGGGAUGAAUUCGGCCAGGCUAGAUCCAGGCAUACUGUCAUCAUUAACGGGGGAAAGUCCAAGACGCGAAGUGAUUCGACAGAUCAGAUUAUAGAGUGCAAUUCGUCACAGGGCGAUGCCUCUAUCAAGCUUGAUGACAUGGACGUCAAGGGUAUUGCGAUUAGUUCAUGA